AAAACAGCGCAGUCAUGUCUGGUCGAGGCAAAGGCGGAAAGGGAUUGGGAAAAGGGGGCGCCAAGCGUCAUCGUAAGGUUCUGCGCGAUAAUAUCCAGGGUAUUACCAAGCCCGCCAUUCGGCGUCUGGCCCGGCGUGGGGGUGUCAAGCGCAUCUCCGGCCUCAUCUACGAGGAGACUCGCGGGGUGCUGAAAGUGUUCCUGGAGAACGUGAUUCGGGACGCGGUCACCUACACCGAGCACGCCAAGCGCAAGACCGUGACAGCAAUGGACGUGGUCUACGCGCUCAAACGCCAGGGACGCACCCUCUACGGUUUCGGCGGUUAAGUCGUUCACUUUCAGCUAUUUAACUUUUUUCCACCAAAGGCCCUUUUCAGGGCCGCCCACAUAUUUCGGUGAAAGAGCUAGCACUAUUGUGAUGCUCGUCU